AUGUACACGAAAGCAUAUAGAAAUGGAAAUUGGUAUGGCUUUGCUCCUGCAGAUGAGAAAUCCAAAACAGCACGAGUUAAGAAAGAAGUAUUGCAACCUGUCAAGUGUAAACAAUAUGGUUCCAAACCAAAGGAACCCAGAGUUGAAAAAGAAAAGAAAAUGCAACCAGAAAAAGUCAAAGAAAAAAUCAAAGCAAAAGAAGAGAAACUAGCUUCUCUAAGAUCAAAGGUCAAUGUUUUGAGCGCAUUUCUUUCCACUUUGGAGGAUGCUACAGAAGAGGAAAUCAAGGGAGAUCUUCACGUAGAGUGCAUAGAUUUUCAGCUACCAGCCAACACCAAGAAGCAUCGCACUAACAUGUUCAAAUGUACACAGCGAAAGGACGAGCCAGAUCUAGUUUUGAGGAGGGGGUCCACUUUUCAGAUCCGUUUAGAGCUGGACAGGGAAUUUAGCAAGAAGGAUCAUGAUGUUAAAUUCAUAAUGUCAAUAGGUAAUGGGAUUACCAAAGACACAUGGUGCAGCUUCCAGCUGGAUGAGAAUCAACAGGAUGGUGACUCGAAAAAGAGGAAAGAAUGGUAUGCGCAGCUUGUAACCAUAGAGAAAAAGUCCAUUGUGGUGGAGAUUAGUAUCCCACCCAAUAUUAUCAUCGGUCACUGGCUCAUGUCUGUCCAGACCUUUACCAUAGAAAAGGGAGAAGAGGCAACAGUUCUACAGUAUAACUCACAACAGGAUAUUGUCAUUCUUCUCAACCCGUGGUGUCCAGAUGACACCACCUACUUCCCUACAAAACAGCUGUUGGAUGAGUAUGUGCUGGACGCAAAGGGAUUUGUCUAUCAAGGCACCCACAAUCGGAUACACGCUAAACCAUGGAAUUUUGGACAGUUUAAGGAAGGGAUCUUGGAUAUUUGUAUCAUGAUCCUUAACAAGGCAUUUGACUGGACAGUAGAAACAAAUAUGGCAAACCCCAUCAAAAUUGCGAGAGCGAUAUCAAGAAUUGUGAAUAACAAUGAUGACUUUGGUGUUUUGAUUGGAAAAUGGAACGGGGAAUAUGGUGAUGGAAAAAAACCCACAUCUUGGAAUGGCAGUGUCAAGAUUCUGAAAAAGUUUGCAAGGACUGGUGAACCUGUCAAGUAUGGGCAGUGCUGGGUGUUCUCUGGACUAGUGGUCACAGUUUGCAGAGCAUUGGGCUUGCCUUGUAGGAGUAUAACAAAUUUUGCUUCUGCUCAUGACACGGAUAGAAGUAUCACCAUUGACACCGUGUACAGGCCAGAUCCUGAUGAUAAAGAUGAUUACAUUAGGGACGAGGGCAACUCAACUGACUCUGUUUGGAAUUUCCAUGUUUGGAAUGAGGUGUGGAUGGCAAGAGAUGAUCUUCCUCCUGGUAAUGAUGGUUGGCAAGUUAUUGACGCGACUCCACAGGAAACCAGUAAUGGAAUGUUUGCCUGUGGACCAGCCCCUCUCACUGCCAUCAAGAGAGGAGAUUGUGUCAUGAACUAUGAUACAGGAUUCAUAUUUGCUGAAGUCAAUGCAGAUUGUAUAUCAUGGGUAGUAGAAGACAACAUUUGGAAGAAGCUCAGUGUAAAACCACAUAGAGUUGGAAUGAAAAUCAGCACCAAGGAUCCCGAAUCCUCUAACAGGGAAGAUGUAACACACUGCUAUAAGUACUCAGAAGGAACAAAAGAGAAUUCUGAGGCAGUUCGGAAAGCUACCUCUUCAUCUGAUGCUGAAAGAAACAUAAUAGAGGUUCCCUAUGACAUUGAUAUUGACAUCACGGACAUUGAUGACGUUUUGAUGGGGACCACUGUUGAAAUCAGAAUUAAAGUGAAGAAUAUCUCUGAUGUUAAAGAGAAACGUACUGUCAAAAGUAUGGUGAUCGAUGUCCACCCUAAGAGUUACGAUGGUGUCAUUGAAAACAAAAAACUCAUCAAGAGAGAAAAGGUCGUCCCCUUUUCUCUAGAAGCUGGUGAUGAGAAAGUUCUCAAGAUGGUAAUUACAAAGGAAGACUAUAUGGAUAAGCUGUUAGAACAAGAAGGAAUGGAAAUCAAGGCUUUGGCUUCUGUCCAAGAAUCUGCCCAUGUAGUUGUGGAGAAAGAGGUUUUCCGUCUGAGAAAACCAGAUAUUGAUAUAAAGGUUAGCCCAGAAAACGUGGAGUUAGGUCAGAAGGUUAAGAUUGAAAUGAGUCUGAAGAAUCCAUUGGAUGUUCCAUUGACAUGUUGCUCAUACUCACUUGACUCAGAAAUUUGUGGACUCGACGAUGAAUCAAUAGAAAUUGAGGAUGUGCCUGCACAUGGUGAAUGGAACCUUACUCUGGAAGAAACUGUUUGGCAGUACCCAACCUUUUUAUGUGAAAUCAUUAGUGGUUCAUUUGAAUGCAAAGAGCUUCCCAACAUUGACGGUAGCAGCAACUCUAUCACAGUCACUUGA